CCUCCCCCGGGACGGCUCGGAGCCCGCUCCGCCGCGUGUGCUCCUCGGCCGCCGCCCGCUGGGCCGGCGCCGCUCAGAGCUCCGGGGACCCUACUCUUUUCUUGUUCCCUCUUCUUGUCGCUGGACCGCGAGAGUGGCUAGGCCGGUGAUGAGUCGGUUGCGUAAGUGGUAAAUGUGAGAAUCCGUGAAGAGCCUCCUUUAAAUUGUUCCCUUUUAAAAAUCCGGGGACAUAAGUUGCUGGCUUGAAGGGAAGUAGAGAAGAAUGAGUCCUGUAGUGACUACGGAUUGUGACUUACUAAGAUGUUAGUCAUUUUAAACCGUGGAGAGAAUUGGGAAGUGGCAGUUUUAUACUCAAAUUAUGAUGAAAGUUUCCCAAGGUGAGAAGAAAAAUAGUUUUAAAUAUGAAUGAACGCUUGUGUGUUCUAGAUUCAGUACAACUGACCAACACUUCAGAGAAUCACAGAAAAGAUCAAAAGUACUAGAAACUGGGUAUUAACAGUGGGGUGAAGAAAUGUUACUUUUAGUAAGGACUCCAGAACCCUGUUUUACAUGUAUGAAUGUUACAGAAUAAGGAUGUGUAACACUUGGGUUUUGUUUUUUAGGUUUUUUGUUUUGUUUUGUUUUAAGAAACUGAUUAAGAGUUGUUUAAUAGAGGCUCAUAGAGUUUCGGCGGACCAUUAACUUGCGUGGAAAGGAUAUUAAUAUAACUAACCUAUAAAAUUCUAACAUUUCCUUCAUUAUAAAUGUGAACCACACGUCGCAGUAUUUGUGACUGGCAUCAACACAAAUCACGGAGCUUAUUAUUUAAUAUAGAUAAGUGCAAUGUGUAUUUAAUAACUUUCACAGAAGAGGCUGUAAAAGGGAUUCGAGGGGGAGAGAAAGCGCAGACUCCUGCUGUAAUAGAAACAAGCUUAGUGAGUUUGUAAUGAGACCAAAUUCUAGAUCCUAAAAGUCUUAAGUCAUAGGUUGCUAGAUAAAUAACUUCUAGACAGAUUGUAACAAACGGUUCACUCUGAGUGGUAGAAAGCAGGCUGUAGUGAAAAUUUGAAGCCCUCGGAAAACUACAUUCCUUUUAGAAAUACCCCUCUGAAAGCCUACUAGUACACACCUUUGGAAUACUGUUGAAUUGUAAGGAGAAAGCUCCGAAUUCAUACUCUUGGGGCUAUGUGGUAAAUACUAUAUGCUUUUCUCUGUGAUAAGAAACUUUGGGGAGGGAGUGAAAAGUAUUUGCUACAUUUUGUUGCAGGGAGAGAAGAAAGCAUGCCUACUACAUUAUAAUUGUUAAUUGUAUGGUCGUUAAAAUUCUUCUGUUGUUAGGUCCAGGAUUAUUUUAUUUUAUUGUUUUAAAGAUUGUUUGCCAACUCCUUCAGGAACGUUUCUAGUCUUGUGUGUUUCCAUUCACUUAUUUUUGUGUCGCUGGGGAUGAAAUGCAGGGCCUUGCUACCGAAGCAAGUGUUCUACCAUCGAGCUGACAUCUUCAGCACAAAUGCUGUCUUUUGUGCAGCUUUCAAAAACAGUUUGUGAUUGCAUUUGGGGGUUUCUCCAAAGUGUACAUCAAUAGGCAUUAUGAUAGAAUUGCACGUGGAUUUUUCAAGGGAGAAAACUUCACAUUUCUACUCUGGAAAAUAAAAUGUGAGACUGCCUUGUUUGGCACAUUAGAACCUUUUUUGAUAUGGUAGUGUCAGUUUGAUAAAACCUUAAAAUAGUGGUUCGAAUUCCCUUAGAAUUGAGGUGCAAAGGCAUUUCAUUUGUAUUUGAUUGUUUUGAAAAGUGUUGCUGUGAUUGAGCUAAGUCUUUUUAAUUACCAAAUAUUAUGCCUAUGCUAUCUUGUUUAGAAACUUUGGACUACAAUGUUUCAAAAACAAAAUGGAAGGCUUCCAGAGUCAUAGCAAAUGUUCUUUAAUGUCUGGCAGUGUGAUAACAUCUUUGCAUGCAUGCAAAAUGCUGUUCUUUACUGGUUUCUUUAUGUCAUUUUACAUAUUUUGCAAUUUUAUUGGUGUCCUGAAUAAAGGAACAGUGGAUUUAAAAAAAAAAAACAAACCUCAAAAUAGUUUGCCUUAAAUAGAAUAUUCAUCAAGUUGGCAAUCUAGGUACAAAUGAACAUUGUUCAUAGUCCUGAACUGCAGCACACAUGUACUGAAAACCGUAACAGCAACAGCAACUUCCUAACUCAGGUGGUGCAUAGUUACUAACGCACUCACGUUUCAUUAGUGCUUUAGGCAAAUCCAGUUAACCAGAGUUUGGGAAAUGUAUUGCCCAUGGUUUGCCACACAGAACAAUUAUACUAAUGACUAAGAAAUGAGAAGGAGUUACCUACACCAUGUAAUUCAUGUAAGCUAAUGUACAGAGAAUUUAGAGCUGCCAAACCUUUGGUUCUUUUUAUCCUUAAGUCUUAGGAAAUGCCCGAGUCAAACUUCUUGAGACCCACACCAAAUUCAGCAGUAUUUCAGAAUACAAGGUUGAUGUAUAAGAGUGAAGUAUACUUGUAUACAGCAAUACUGGAUAAUCAGAAAGUGAAAUUAGCAGAACAGUUCCAUAGGCAGGGCAGUGGUGGCACAUGCCUUUAAUCCCAGUAUUUGGGAGGCAGAGGCAGGUGAUAUCUUUGAGUUUGAGGCCAGCAUGGUCUCCAGAUAGUUCUAGGAAAGCUAGGCCUACACAGAGAAACCCUGUCUCAAAAAAACUAAACUAAACUAAAAUUAAAAAUAAAAAAAAAAGAAAAUCAAAAAAACAAAAUAGUUCCACUUAGCAUAAGUAAUGAAACACUAAGAAAAAAAUAACAAAAAAAAACCUCAGUGUUACCAUAGGGAUGGAAAUACCUGGUGCAUUCUCAGAACAUCUUCACUCAAACAUGACUGUACCUGGAAGGGUAUUUUAUGUUGAUGGACUGAAAAUUUGCAUAUUCUUGUGAUUGAUCUACUUACCAGUGCAGUAUCAUAAAAAUAAACUGCCUGUUUUGUACCAGUUGAUAUAUGGGAAGUAAAGGGACCCAGGAUAGUCUCUCAAAGGUUAAAAAAACAAAGUUAGAGGACCCACCAUUUUUGGUUUCAAAUUUUAGUACAAAGCAGCAAUAAUCAAGAAAACUUGCUGCUGGGAUAAACAUAAGUAUAAAUCAUGGAAUGAAGUCAAAAGCCCAGAAAUCAUUUCAUUUUUGGUGAAUUAAGUCUUUGAUUCGGGGCCCCAUAAAAACAGGAAAUGGACAUUAGUCUCAGCAGUUGUGGUUCAGUUGGCUCCCCACAAAGAUUCUACACAAACAAAAGAAUGAACUUGUCUACUUGCACACAUUGCACAAAAUGAAAUCAGAAAAUUCUUAGAUGAAAACACAGUUAACAUUUGUGGCGGUGAAUUAUGCAGUCAUCUACUACAUAUGAUACUGAAAGCACAGCAACAGAAGAGCAGGUGCACUGGGAGUGGUCCGAACUUCAAAUGCACCUAAAGAAUGCCAAGAAAGUGAAGAACUAGACCAUCAAGAUGGUAAGAUGCGCUCCUCUUCUCCUUUCCUCCUCCAUCGUGCGGUGGGCUCCUGACUUGGCUUCUCACCAUGUCUUCUCAUAAGACUUUCAGAAUCAAGCGAUUCCUGGCCAAGAAACAAAAGCAAAAUCGUCCUAUUCCUCAGUGGAUUCGGAUGAAAACUGGUAACAAAAUAAGGUACAACUCCAAGAGAAGACACUGGAGGAGAACAAAGCCGGGUCUGUAAGGAUUCACACAAUGGCAAGACAGUUUAUACUGAAUUGUGGGUCACCAAGCAAUCCUACCACGUGGAGUUCAACAUUUUAACCUGAAGACUUGGUCGUGUUUUAAGUUGGGGGAGUAGUUUGUCCAGUAAUAAAAUGUAGAACCUUCCAAAAAAAAAAAAAAGAUGGUAAGGUGCUUGCUGCUGAGCCUGUGACCAGAGGGAUCCCACAUGGUAGAAGAAAAUUGACUCUCAAAAUUUGUUUCCUGAUUUACAUACACACACACCCCUGCACAAAAGUGAAACAGAACCCACAAAAUAGGAGAAAAUAUUCACGAACUAUGUAUCUGAAGAAACUCGAAUCCAGAACUUAUAAAAAAAAACUUAAAAGAUCAUCUAUGCCAAAUUUAAAAACAGGCGAAGGAUUUGGAGAAAGACAAAGAGCCAGAGAGAGAAUAAAUGACAAAUACAUGGAAUGAUGGUUAAUAUUAUUAGGGGAAUAAAAAUCAGAGCUACCAUGCAUUGUUACUGGGAUAAUGGAGAGCUACGGGUGAGAUAUUUAGUUGGAGGGGAUGAUAAUUUUAGGGAGGGCUGGAGAGAUGGCUCAGUGGUUGAGUACUUUCUGUGUAUCAUGAGGACCUGAGCGCAAAUCUCCAACAGUCUUGUUAAAACCAGGGUGUAAAGGACAAGUGCCAUGUGUGCCUAUGACCUAUGGAUUUGGGGAGGCAGGCAGGUUGCUGGGGCUUGCUGGCUGCCGGUGUAGCUCAGGAUUCAGUGAAUCAUGAAGCAGGGUAAUAAGGCAACGUGAUAGAACAGGAUGUCUUCCCCCUCUAGCGUCCAAGCUGCACACGGGCAUACCAUCACUCAACCUGUAUACAUCCACUGGGGACACACAGAGAAUAAAAGCUAAUAAUAUUUUUUUUCCUGAAACUAGUGUUAAUUACAAAAAAUUGAAUAUUUUGGAAAACAUGGAUUUAUUGAUGAGGACCUCACAAAAACAGCAAGUGAACAUUAGUUUUAGCACGAAGUAUUAGGGCAGUUUGGAUCCCUGCAAACAAAAGAAUAUACUUGUCCACAUGUUCACCAGACUCCUUAAAAGGGUGUUUAAUAGGUUAAAUAUAUCACAUUAAAGAUUUAAAAAAAUUAAUAAUGCUUCCUCCAUUUACCUUGGUCUUGGGCCCCUCAAAUAACCUCUUCUCUUCUUUUCUUAUUCUUUGAUCUCCUGAAAGCCAUUGAUUUUUCUUCAUUAGCAGAAAUUCCAGAGGACAUUUAUUUCUAGUUGUCUUAACCUCUAGACAAUGUACACGUGUGCCCGUGCACACCCACAUUCAGUAUGAGGGGGCAGGGGCAGAUCCAGUGAAAUAAAAAAGUAUUUACUUAGGAAUUGAUAGCUAUAUUAAAAUUCUCAAACUUCUUGAAACAUCUUGACUCAUGAUGUUGACCUGCUCCUAAUGAGUCACCCAGAAUAUGACUUUUAGUUUUCUUUUAAAUGGAAGUGAUUUGGAGUUUAAGUCAUACAUAGUUGAGCCAUGCAGCACAUUUCACAGCAUUUAUUUGUAGAGUUGAGAAAGUAUCUGUGGGCUUAUUUUUAAGUCUGGUGAAGACCUGAUGAGUUUUAUUAGAUUUGCUUACAGGAACAUGGAUGAGAAGUUAUUUACUGGAGCAUAGCCACUUUACCAGUGGCUAUACCACUGAAGAAAAUCUCUCUCUCUGUCUCAGCAACAUUAACUGCCUUUAGACCCUGAGUGUCUCCACCUGUUAGGUGGAGCCUCUGAGUGCCUUCCAAACCAUGACAGGAUGUGCCCAGUCUCAUGCAGGUAGUCAGAGGUGAUGUGAGCACAGAAUACAGAAGUUGUGGCAUCCUAACCCGUUCUCUGCCUGUUAAAUCUAUUUGCCCUCUUUUCAGUAAUGUCCUGAUGGCUGGAGGGAGUGAGGUAGAUGUCCCAGGCGUGGCUGAGCACACCAGUCACUUACUUUCAGCACUUUGAACAGUUACGAGUCUCUACAAUAACUGCUGCCUACCGUAAAAGAAGCUUCUCUGACCAGAGCUGACAGCAGCGCUAGUCUGUGGGCACAGUUAUUUAGAAGCCAGUUUGACAAGAACAUCACAUCCACUUAGCCCGGCCAGGGGGUGUGUGUGGGGGGGUGCCACCACCACUUCCAGCAGCUGCAACAGAAACCAAAAACAUAGUAGCUUCCCCAUUAGGCCUAUGACCUUCCCAGCCAUGAGCCUUCUACUAACUUUACAGUACCAAAGGUGAAUUUCCUCUGUGUAGAAGGCCUCAGUUUCAACCAGAAAGCAGUUUGUUGCCCCCAGAACAAACCUGCCACCAUUGCAGCAGUGGGUAAUCUUGCCUGGCCAGGCAGUAGUAUAGCAUGCAUGGUCCACAGCUGAGUAGGGAUGUUGACCAUUUUCUCUCAGCAGCCUGCAUGCCCCCUUCUGUUACUGUGAGGGCUAGCCAGACUGGAUGAACCAUCUUUUCCAGUUACAGCUUGAAUUGUUUAUCCUGUAACCACAACAUGCGAUAUCUUCAGCAGUAGGUCUUACCAUCUAGUUCUGUUGCAUUGUCAACAGCAGUGUUAAUUACUUGCAUUAUUUUGGGGGCCCUGAAGCCUUCUUGGCUAUAGGUAGAUAGCUAACCUCUGGGCAUUGGGAUUUUCACUCAACAACCUAUGGGUUCUGGGAGAAGCAUUAUUUAUCCACAUAGGGUAGUGCUAUUUAAACUCUUUCAAAUUUGCAUAUGUUGGUGGAGGGGUGUGUGGAGGCCAGGGGAGGGUAUUGGAUACCCUUCUAUAUCUCUACCUUACUGUCUUUGAGGCAGAGUCUUGCUGAACCUAGAAUUUGCGCUUUGGGGCUAAGCUAUAGCAGCCACCAAGCUCCUGUGAUCCUCCUGUCUCUACCUACCUUCAGUGCUGGGAUUAUAGGCAAACAGGGACUAUGUCUGGUUACGGAUGCAGCGAUCCAAACUCAGGUCCCCAUGUUGUACAGCAAGCUCUUAACUGCUGAGCCAUCUCUCCAGCCCCACCCCAUUUCUUAAUUUUAUUUUAAAAUUAGCUUACUGACUAUUAUGUUUCUUUACGGCUUUUCCAUGCAUGCUUAGUUUUGCUUGACCCUCUUCCACUUCUCUCCCAUCUCCCUGCUCUCCUUUCCAAUGAAAUGUUUCUACCUCCAGUAAUUCACCCUUCUACUUUUGUGUUAGCUGUUCUAGUGUGCCCCAUACCCUUUAAGGUUUAUCUUCCCCUCUCAUGGGUCUCUUUCUAGUUUACAUGUACUCCAACAUAAAUGCCCACACUAAAAUUAGAAGCUAGGAUCCAGUUAUGAGAGAGAAUAUAUGGUCUCUGUAGUUACCAAAAUCGUAGCAUAAUAUCAUUUUUAUAUUUCUCAGGUUUUAUCUGUGGGAGUGUCAAUGUUUAAGGUAAGGAUGGCUGGAAAACACUAAAAGGAAGAUCUGCAGCUCCCAAGACAGAAUUGUGACCUUUACAACAACAGUAAUAUAAAUGGGGUUUGGAUAGCCAAAUGACCAGUCGGAAGCCUGCAAAAGAAGUCGGGUUUCUCCUUUGCAUGAAGAACAGACCAGAGAAUAAAACGUUCAGGUUAGAGAUGGUGCAGCCUAAUGAUCUAAGCUCGAUCCCUGUGCCUCACAUUGUGGAAGGAGAGAACAGACUCCCACAUUUUGUCCUCUGACUUAUUCAGAAGUACCAUCGCAUAUUUGCAACCCCCCCCGCCCCACAGCAUGAGUAAAUAAUAAUAACAGCAAUAAUAAUAAUAAAAGCACAAGUUAGGCUGAACUGGGCAUUGCACACCUAUAAUUCCAGUACCUGAGUAGUAGAGGCAAGUGGAUCAGGAAUUCAUUGCCAGCCUCUGCUCCAUACUGUGGUUGAGGACAGUCUCAGCUUUAUGAAACCCUGUAGAAAAAUAUCUCAACAAGAGGAAAAAAUACUCAAGUUUAGUGUAGUUGCCAAGAAGCAGAAAUAGGAAAGCAGCAGAUAUAUCUGGAUCUAACGACAGAGGUGUGGGUGGAAUGAUCCUGAAUGGGGUGGACUGAGCAUAAACACACUCCUGAGGCAGGCUUGCAUGUGAGAAUGGGCUACCUUUAACAGCCAUGCUAACAGGUUAUCUGCUUUCCCUAUGCAAGAGGACGAUAAACAGCAGAUUCUCUUACAUCACUACUUAAGAGUUGUGCUCUAAGCAAUACCUCUUGCUCACCUCUGUCAUCCAUUUGAGCCGCAGAGCAGCAGCCAUGUGUGAGUGCAUCUCCAUCCACACUGGCCAGGCUGGUGUCUAGAUUGGCAGUGCCUGCUGGGAGCUCCUGGACC